CGAGGAUGUGUCCCUGUACAUUUAAAUAUAGUACUUGUAUCGAGUAUUUUGUCUUAUAAAGGACACAGAAGUUGUCGUCUAGCCCCGGAGAACAGCAUAAUUCAGAGAUGGGUGACUUCUCGUCGCUCGGGCUUUCAGACUGGCUGAUUAAACAGUGUAAACAGCUGGGAAUAAACAAACCCACUCCUGUCCAGGAAAAAUGCAUGCCAGCUAUACUGGAAGGUCGGGACUGUAUGGGCUGUGCCAAGACUGGAAGUGGGAAGACAGCUGCGUUUGUGCUGCCAGUGCUGCAGAAACUCUCAGAGGACCCUUAUGGCAUCUUCUGUCUGGUGCUCACUCCCACCAGGGAGCUGGCCUAUCAGAUCGCGGAGCAGUUUCGGGUCCUGGGGAAGCCUCUGGGUCUGCGAGACUGCAUCAUCGUUGGUGGAAUGGACAUGGUGAGUCAGGCGCUGGAGCUGUCCAACCAACCACAUGUUGUUGUGGCGACGCCGGGUCGACUGGCUGAUCACAUCCGAAGCUCCGACACCUUCAGCAUGAGCAAGAUCAAGUUCUUGAUUAUGGAUGAGGCGGACCGGCUGUUGGAACAGGGCUGUACCGACUUCACCAAAGACCUGGAAGUGAUUCUGGGGAUUUUGCCAGCCAAGCGGCAGACGCUGCUGUUCAGCGCCACGCUCACCGACACGCUGCAGGAGCUGAAGACUGUUGCUAUGAACAGACCUUUCUUCUGGGAGAGCACGUCAGAGACGCGUACGGUUGACGAGCUGGACCAGAGAUACAUCCUCACUCCAGAGAAGGUGAAAGACGCCUACAUGGUCCACCUGAUCCAGACGUUCACAGACGAACACGAUGACUGGUCCAUCAUGAUCUUCACCAACACGUGCAAAAACUGUCAGAUCCUCACUAUGAUGCUCAGGGAAUUUAACUUUCCAACAAUCUCCCUGCACUCAAUGAUGAAACAGAAACAACGAUUUGCAAACCUCGCCAAGUUCAAGGCCAGCGUCUAUAAAAUCCUGAUUGCGACAGACGUGGCUGCCAGAGGUUUGGAUAUUCCAACCGUCCAGGUCGUCAUCAACCACAACACCCCUGGCCUGCCAAAGAUCUACAUCCACAGAGUCGGCCGAACUGCUAGAGCAGGAAGGAACGGAGUGUCCAUCACAUUGGUGACACAGUACGACAUCCACCUGGUCCACGCCAUCGAGGAAAAUACUCAGACCAAACUGAAGGAAUAUCCUGUGGAGGAGAAAGAAGUCCUGAAGAUCCUCACCCAGGUCAACGUGACCAGACGGAAGUGUGAAAUAAAACUUGAGUCAACAGACUUUGAUGAGAAAAAGGAGACCAACAAGAGGAAACAAAUGAUCCUGGAAGGGAAGGACCCGGACCUGGAAGCCAAGAGGAAGGCAGAGCUGGAGAAGAUCAAGAGCCAAAAGAAGAAGUUCAAAGAGAAAAUCCACGAGAGCAUUCAGAGACAGAAAAGUGGACAGCUGAAAAAGAAAAUGAUGAAGAGAAAACUAAAGAAAAAGAAAAAGGCAGAACAGGCAACAUUGUGAAACUGUUGUGGUUUGACUCAUGUACAUACAACUUUUAUUACUGUGCAAUAUCUGAUAUUUUCAUUUUUGUGAGCAUCUGCAAAUAAACAUGGAAUGGAUUUCAUGCCAGAAAAACAACAGCUCAACUUGGACAGCUUUAUUGAUUCAGUUUUACAAGGGAAUCACCGAAUUGUGAUCGCCCUUCACUGCAAAUAAGACUCUUUGUUUCAAAUAGGUAUAUACAUCACAUUGAGAUCUCUAGUCCAUUAAUUUAAUCUGCCUUUUGACGUAGAGAAUCAAAGAGUUUGGAUGCAAACUGACUUGGUUCUUCAAUGAUCACUGCACAUGAAGCAAUCCAUUGUGGCUCAGAAGAUGGAAAAGAAAAAACAACAACACCAAAGCAAUAUUACGGCAGCAGGUUUGUUUUUUUAAAGCUAUAACAUGUUAGGAUUUCAGUGGAACUGGUUGAUAUGAGAAACCAAUAAAUCACAAAAAUGAGAGGUUUGCACAUUGUCAACAAAACAAAACAACUUCUAAAUCAGUUAAACAUGGCGUCGUCUACUCACAACAUGAUUGUCACAUGUCUGCUGAAAUGAAGAGCAGGUGAUAACAGUGGAGUACAUUCUUACUGUAUUCAGAAAGCAUCUUUUCUGGAAGAGACUCUUGGUUACAAAACUACAAUCCCUCGGACAGUUUGAGGAUAAGAUACAAAUCUCUAAUGAAGAAAGGAACAGCGUCCGCCUCAUUCCCGUUGUCAGCAAGUUGCUACAAAACAUUUCUUUGAGUAAAACUACACAAAAAUGGCUAAACACCCAACUGAACAAAACAACAUGAUGCACAAAGCAGCAAAUCUGACAAAAAGCAAAAAAACAAGUUUGGAUCAACUCAAGGGUCACUUUCGAUCACGACUCGCACAAGUUCUGCAGGAAGAGGAUUUUAGGAUCCACAUAAACCCAGAGAGGAACUCCACGAGAAAUACAUAACGCAGGCAAAACAGCUUUGCACAAAUCAAAAGUCCACAGAAGGAAAAGAAACUUUACCAGCCUCCACUUGUUUUACUCCAGAGAAGGAAGGUGGCUUUAAAACAA